AUGGAAAACAAUAUUGAUAAAACUGACCUUCCAGAGGUACCAUUUCGUAAAUCAACUCUAAAAGUUAAUCUAAAUGAAGAAAAAGUAUCAUCUACUCCAAUGAAAAAAUUAAUGAAACCACAUUUAAAAAAAAAGACAAUAAAUAGUGGACAUAAACAAAAUAACAAAAAUAUUGAGACUAAAAAUUUAACAAAAAAAAAUGAAUUAACAAAAAAUAAAAUUGGUUCAAAAAAAGAUGGUGCAUCAAAAAUAGUAUCACUUUCUAAAAAAAAUGAACAACUUUUAAAAAAAAUUGAUUCAUCUGAAAAAAAAAUAAACAUUCUUAAUGAAGAUCGUUAUAAACUUGAGAAAGAGAAAGAACUUAUUUCAACUAAUUGGGAACGUGGGAAAUCUAUUAUUUAUGAAGAGCAAAGUAACAUCAUUGAACUUCAUAAAAAGUUACAUCGAAUGAAGGCUGCUCAUGUUGAACAUAUACUUAAUUUGCAAAAAAAAAUUCGUUCUUUGAGUUUAAAGUCAGAGAUAUAUGUAUCAUCAACUACACAGACUGAAAAUAAACUUUUAGAGGGUAUCAAAGAUUAUAAAGAUGAGGAAGUUCAAACAGUAGAAGAAAUUAAUCCAAGCACAAUUCAUACAAUAUUAAGAAGUAAUGAUACAAAAUUAAUGGAAAUUAUUACAAAGAAUGAAAGAGAAAAAAUGCAAAUGCAAUCUGAUUAUAAAUUUAAUAUGACACAAUUAGAAGAGAAUUUAAAAAAAGCACAAGACAUGAAAUUAAGAAUGUUUAAAAAUGAAAAAGAUAUUUAUAUAGAAGAAAUAUGUGCAAAUCAUGGUGCAGCAAUAAAUAAUGUUGAAAAAGAAAAAGAAGAUUUACAUCUUGAGUUAAGUGAUCAAAUAAGUCAAUUACAGAUUCGAUUAUAUGAAUUGACGGAGGAAUUAAAAGAAAAGAAUGAACAAAAUGAGUUAUUAAAAAAAGAAACUAUUCUUAUGAAUGAAAAAAUGGAAGAGACUAAAAAUGAAAAAGAAAAAUUAGAAGAAAUCAAAAAAUCAGAGAUGAUAAAUGAAGCCUUGCUGAAAAAAGAAAGAAAUUAUGUUUCUAGUUUAAAAAAACAAGUCUCUUCACAAAAAGAUAUCAUCAACAUUGUAUUGGGUGAAUUUCGAAAGCUUGAAUUGGAAAGAGAUUCAUUAAUUGCUGAAUUUGAAAAAUGUAUUAAUGCAUCUAAUACAAUGGUAAAACAAAAAAGAUAUUUAUUAAAUUUAAAAAUGACUAAAACAUUUAAUGAUCUUUUAAAAUUAAAAAAAGAAAAAAAUCUUUAA